AUGAGAAAUUAUGCGGCGUGGUUUAAUUCUGAACAUGUGCACUAUGAGAAAUUUGGCAAAAAAAAGAAAAAAGUUACAGAAGCUUUGUGCUCAGAGUUAAACAAAAACCGGAUAAGUUCUCUCAGCAGAAAAGGAAUUGAAAAGUCGAAAGUACUUGAUAUAAUGAAAAAAAAGAAGUGA